CAGGUUCUGGACUGGACCAGGCCCGUCCGCCGCCGAAAAACCAACUCCGAGCCUUCGGACCGGGACACCGAGGACCGAACCGGGCUGAAGCUGCUGUGUUGGGCCUGGAGACCAGCUGCGGACAGAGAUGUAGCGGGCGUGUUGGUGUGACCACGGACCAUCAUGCACCUCUUCCUGCUGCUGAUCCUUCACGUUCCAGCAGCUGUGGGACAGAUCGACCCGGAACACUGUCGCUAUGCGUUGGGCAUGGAGGACGAGCGGGUCAAAGACGAAGACCUGACCGCUUCCAGCCAGUGGUACGAGACGACCGGACCUCAGAACGCCAGGUUGAACCUUGAGAAAGGAGACGGCGCCUGGUGUCCCAAAGGACAGCUGGAGCCUUCAGACAGUCAGUUCCUGCAGAUCGACCUGCGCCGGCUCUCCUUCCUGACGUUGAUCGGGACUCAGGGACGAUACGCCCGAGGUUUGGGGAAGGAGUUCGCUCAGAUGUACCGCCUCAACUACAGCCGAGACGGCCGGCUGUGGAGGUCCUGGAAGAGCCGGCUGGGAAAGGAGGUGCUGGAAGGCAACAAGAACACCUUCGCAGUUUUCUCCAACGAUCUCAAGCCUCCGAUCAUCGCCCGCUACGUCCGCGUGAUCCCCGUGAGCAGACUGUCCAGCACCGUCUGCAUGAGACUGGAGCUGUACGGCUGUCCCUGGGAUGACGGUCUGAUCUCCUACAGCGCUCCUGCGGCCAGCUUCAACGACUCCACGUACGACGGAGUUCUGGACAAAAGGAAGCUGACCGAUGGCCUGGGUCAGCUGACGGACGGCGUGACAGGCCUGGACGACUUCCUGUUGAGCCGUCAGUUCAACGUGUGGCCGGGAUACGACUACGUGGGCUGGAGGAACGACACGCCGGGAACUCUGGGAUACGUGGAGAUGGAGUUUGUGUUCGACCAGCCGAGGAACUUCACCUCCAUGAAGGUUCACAGUAACAACAUGUUCACCCGUGAUGUGAAGAUCUUCUCCUCAGUUUCCUGUUCAUUUAAGCCCCACCUCAAGGCGGUCUGGGAGGCGGAGCCUGUUGUGUUCAACACGGUGCUGGACGACAGGAACCCGAGCGCCCGAUAUGUCACCGUGCCGCUGAACCGCCGCGCUGCCACACUCCUCCGCUGCCGGUUCUUCUUCGCUGACGUGUGGAUGAUGUUCAGCGAGAUCUCCUUCCAGUCCGAGGACACCAUACUCCCAACACUCCCAACACAGACACUGAUGGGAACGUCUGCUGCGAGUGCUGGUGAGGGCGUCGCCAUGACAACCACAUCAAAAACAGCAGCUCCUCCAUCGGCCUCCGACUCCUCAGAUGAUGGGAACACGCCCGUCCUGAUCGGCUGCCUGGUGACCAUCAUCCUCCUGCUGGUCAUCAUCAUCUUCCUCAUCCUGUGGUGCCAGUGUGUGUGCAAAGUGCUGGAGAAGGCUCCACGUCGGAUCCUCGAUGAGGACGUGACGGUCCGGCUGUCCUCCUGCAGCGACACCAUCGUCCUGCAGACCCCCCCUGUGCCGCCUCGCUCCAGACACCCCCCUGCAGCAUUUGGGGGGGGCUAUGCUGAGCCUGACGUCACCCAGUGCACCCCCCACCAGUGCUUCAACAACAACGCGCCGCACUACGCCGAGACGGACAUAGUGCGGCUGCAGGGCGUCACCGGCAGCAACAUGUACGCUGUCCCCGCCCUCACCGUGGACUCCCUGACCAGGAAGGACAUCUCUGCCGCCGAGUUCCCGCGGCAACAGCUGAUCUUCAGGGAGAAGCUGGGGGAGGGGCAGUUUGGAGAGGUCCAUCUGUGCGAGGCCGAGGGACUGCCCGAGUUCCUCGGGGAGGGGUCGCCCCUCCCUGACAGAGACGGCCGCUCGGUGCUGGUGGCGGUUAAACAGCUGAGGGCCGACGCCACGAGUCAGGCCAGGAACGACUUCCUGAAGGAGAUCAAGAUCAUGUCGCGGCUGGACAACGCCAACAUCAUCCGGCUGCUGUGCGUGUGCGUGUCGUCCGACCCGCUCUGCAUGGUCACCGAGUACAUGGAGAACGGAGACCUGAACAUGUUCCUGUCGCAGCGCGAGAUCGAGAGCACGCUCACGCACGCCAACAACAUCCCUUCAGUCAGCUUGUCGGACCUCCUCCACAUGGCCGUGCAGAUCUCCUCUGGGAUGAAGUACCUGGCGUCGUUGAACUUCGUGCACCGGGACCUGGCCACCAGGAACUGCCUGCUGGACCGCCGCCUCACCAUCAAGAUCGCCGACUUCGGGAUGAGCCGGAACCUCUACAGCAGCGACUACUACCGGAUCCAGGGCCGGGCCGUGCUGCCGAUCCGCUGGAUGGCCUGGGAGAGCAUCCUGCUGGGUAAGUUCACCACAGCGAGCGACGUGUGGGCGUUCGGCGUGACGCUCUGGGAGAUCUUCACCCUCUGUAAGGAGCAGCCCUACAGCCUGCUGUCUGACGAGCAGGUCAUCGAGAACUCUGGAGAGUUCUUCAGGAACCAGGGCAGACAGAUCUUCCUCUACGCCCCCCCUCUCUGCCCCCCGUCUCUCUUCGAACUGAUGAUGCGCUGCUGGAGUCGCAACAUCCCGGACCGACCCACGUUCGAGGGACUUUACCAGGCCCUGAGGCCCCACGUUAACCAGUGAGCGGUCCGGUUCUCAGGACCGCUGGGACUCCUGUCAGGUGACAGACUGACCCCUGAACACCACGGAUCAGAACCACGCUGUCGCAGAGGACGGAGGACAGAGCUGGGGUCACAGGGUGUGUGACUCCAGCCGGAGAGACGAGAUGAAGGGAGAAGAAACCCGUCUUCAUCCGUCUCUUUCAAGCCUCUUCGUCCAAAAUGUUCAGAACGUUUCUUUUUUCUCUUUUCGUCUCAGAGUUUGUCGACGUUUGACGCUCGAGGGGCGUUUGAGUCUCGCUGUUUUUCUGUGUGUAGUCGUUGUGAAACACUGUCGGUGUCUCCCCGUCUCUCCUGUUCCUGCUCGUCCACCCACACUGGAGCUGAGGUCAAAGUGUAGCAAAGUGUAGACUUUUAUUUUUAGGCUUUUAGUUGAUUUGUCGUGUUUUAGUGUCGUUUCUUUAACUGUUCUGUGGACGUGAACGGUGCACUGCUGGAACCUGUGUGGCUCAGACUGA